AUGGCUUUGGGGUGCUGCUUUGGCAACUUAAAUGGAAGACUUAAUCAGCGACGAACCGGACACCCACAAGUCUACACGAAAAGUAUGAUUGUUUUGGGCCUCAUUCACAACACAAGCAGAAGAUUUUAUGUGAAUGUAGCCAACACAAUUACCCGCAUUAGGAAGUACACAAGUAAUAAAGAAGAGUUCUUGUUUAGCCUGCAGACCAUGAAUUGUGCACAGUGCUGGCAGCUGUGUUGGAAAACACCAAAUGGCUCAAAGGCACACUUUCUUGGCCAGAUACACUGUAGAAUACAGCUUUACCAACCAAUAGCUCCAAAAGUUUGUGGAGUCACAUUGAUUUCAAACGCUUUUCCCGUUGGAGGAUGCUCACUAACUCAUUAUGAAAGUGAGUUCCUGCAUGAAAGGUCUGAACUGCAAGACAGGUGCACUGACACAAACAAAACUAUGAAGUAUAAGUAUAUUCUCCAACAUGAUGCGUUUGCAGAAGAAUUAAAAAAAAAUAUUUUCAGGGAUGAUCUUAUUCUCAAUUCCAGCCGUCCAAGUAAGCUAAAUCCCACAUUGGAUGCAGGUGGUGUGAUCAGAAAUGGAAGAGCAUAUCUUUAG